CUGCCGGAGACCGCCAGCAGCCCAGCUUCCUGGGUCUGCACCAGCCUGGCCCAGCCCAGCCCAGCUCAGCCCAGCCCUCUCCUGCUCGGUCCCUCCAUUCAUGUCUUGACCGCGGCUGGCCCGGGAUCGGCCCCCCCACUUCCAGGACUCGGCCUGGCAGCAGAAAAUGCCGGCGACUUCCCUAGCUCCAAUUCCCUCUCCCGACUCCCGGUAGAGAAAGGGGUCGGACCCUGCAGGGGGCUGAGCUCAACUAGACUGGAGCGCGCCUGCGCCCCCGGGGGACCCUUCGGGAAGCGGCUUGGGGCUGCUGCUACUGCUUAGAAGGAGGGAGGAAGAGGAGGAGGAGAGGGAGGGUCUGCAUAAUCACGUAGUCUGGGAAGAUCCUCAGCCCAUUGGCUCAAACCAGCCUUGCAGGCCAGCUCCUUGGGGAGUCAGCCCUUUCCCAGCCUACUUUGGGCCUCAGCUGCUGACUCAGACCAGCCCCACCAAGCCACUCCAGAGCCCGGAGGGGUGUGGAUGCUGGCCUAGCCCAGAAGAUGCUGUGGUGGUCUGUGCUGGGCUCAGGAGUUGGAGUCUUGCUGCUGCUUGGCAUGACAGGUGCGGUGGAGAUCACUGUGCCCGAUGACCCCGUGGUGGCCCUGGUGGGCUUGGAUGCCACCUUGCCUUGCUCCUUUCUGCCUGGCCCCAACUUCACGCUGCCCCAGCUCAGCCUCAUCUGGCAGCUGACGGACACCAAGCGGCUGGUACACAGCUUCUCUCAGGGCCAGGACCAGCUGGCUGACCAGGGCAGUGCCUACACCAACCGCACUGCCCUCUUCUAUGACCGGCUGGCCCAAGGCAAUGUCUCCCUUCUUCUCCGCCGGGUACACAUCACCGAUGAGGGCAGCUUCACCUGCUUCGUGCAGAUCCAACACUAUAGCAGUGCUGCCGUCAGCCUGCAGGUGGCUGCUCCCUACUCCAAGCCCAGCAUGACCCUGGAGCCCAGUAAGGACCUGAAGCCAGGGGACACAGUGACCAUCACCUGUUCCAGCUAUGGUGGCUACCCGGAGGCCGAGGUGAUCUGGCAGGAUGGUCUUGGGGGAGCCCUGACCAGCAACGUGACUACCUCCCAUCUGGCUAACUCGGAGGGACUUUUCGACGUGCUCAGUGUGCUGAGGGUCACGCUGGGGGCCAACGGUACUUACAGCUGCCUGGUGAGGAACACGGUGUUACAGGAAGAUGCCUUCGGUUUUGUCAUCAUUACAGGCCAGGUGAUGGCGUUCCCACCGGAGGCCCUUUGGGUGACUGUGGGGCUUUCUGUCUGCCUCCUGGGGCUGCUGGGGGCUCUUGCCUAUGUGUGCCGGAAGAAAAUAAAGCAGAGCUGUGAGGAAGAGAAUGCUGGGGCUGAGGACCAGGAUGGGGAUGGAGAAGGAUCCAAGACAGCCCUGCAGCCUCUGAAAAAUACAGACAAUACAGAAGAUGAAGGGCAAGAAAUAGCCUGAGCUGGAAGGAUGGACGAUGUGUGUGGGGGGACGUCAGACCCAGCUCCUGAGCUUCCCCAGCCAUGGACACCUGCUCCGCCUCUCAUGCUACAUGAAGCUGGAGGAGGGGCCCCUGGGCUCACACAUCUCGAAUACGCUACCCUGCUGCCUCGUUUACCGGAUGGGUCCAAUAGACAGUCAACCCUGCUGCCUUAUUUCUCUGGUGGACACGAUAAUAAUAGCUCCCACUCCUAUAAGUGUUUUAAGGUUUACAAAGUCCUUUCCUGCCCACGGGGCAGGGAGGUUGUGCAAAAAUCAUCCCCAUUUUAGAGAUGAGGUUACUGAGGCUCUGAGACGUCCAGGGUCACACGACGUGCAGACCAUUCGACUGUACUGUUUCUCCAAAGGAUACACUGACUUCCCUGUUGCCUCGCUUUUCUCACUUCAGCCUUGAUUUGUCCCUCCCCUGCCCUCCAGAUGUGGACGAUGCUCCCAUAGCCUUUUCCUCUUAGUGUUGCCUCCACACGUGCAUGUACAUGCCUCAUGGAAGCACACACCACCCACACGUGAUCACGCGUGUGCAUGCACACAUGACACACUAAUGUACGUACAAAGUGCGCACACAGCCUCAGCCUCAUCACUCACUGGCACCCCCACUGGUAAUGCAUGAGAAGCACACACAUGAAGAGCACACAUGGACAUGCAUGUAUGUGGAAGCUAAAGGAAGGAGCACAUGCCACACAGACAUGCCACAUGUGCCCAUCCAGAUAGAAGGCAUCCCCACAGCCUUAAGUGAGGGCUUGCUUCUGUAUGUCCGCUGUCUGUUCUAGUAGUCCUCCCUCCCCCACGUGGGGAGCCGUGUGCUGGUCACGCGGUUUCUCCAGGAGCACGAGGGGUGGGCAAGGCAGUAACUCUUGAAUGUUGGGUUGGUGAGGACACAUGAUGAAUCAGUACCUCUACCCUCACAGCUUGGAACAACCAUCUCCUCUCCCAGAGGGCAUCCUUGGGACUCCCUUCCUUCUACCCUGGCUAAUCCGUGUACCCCACGACUUCUGGACCCAAUGCUCUGAUGUUUUCUUAGACUCCAUACUCCUCUCUAGCUGCCCCCACCCUUGCCCUCCUCCCCCCACUUUGGAGGCCACAUUUAGGAGUGGUGGUGUGGGUCGGGCAUGGUGCCAUCCCAGUCUCUCCCAGGUGCCUCGGGGGAACCUUCAGUCAGGAUCCAAACCCUCUUCCAAGGUGGCAGUGCCAAUCUUGGGCAGCAGGUGUCAGUCGUGCACUCUGCAUACCCCUUGAGCAGCAACUCAAAGCCACGCCUCUGGUACAGAUUUCAGGCAGUGACAUCAGCUGUGAUUCAUUCCAUCCUUCCUUCCUGGGAGCUGAAGGUCAGUGCCUUACUCCUCCUGCCAAUCAGGGAAGCCCAGGAAAGUCAAUUUCAGAAACCCAAACCCUUGCAGCUCAGGCAUUUGAAGAGAGUGUGGCUGGUCUGACUCUUUUCCUCCUUAGCCUUAUGUACAAUGGGGGUAGGGUGGGGGCAGACACUGC